AUGUUUAACAUGUUACCAUUCUUUUUUAUAAUAUUUCGAUUUUUAUUAACAUAUUCAGAGUCUAAAAUUCUUCAAGGACAUCUUGUAACACGUGAAAAUUGGGCGUUUUUAGCAAGAUUUUGCUUUCUAACGGAACAAGGCACAUUUCGGUAUGAAUUCGAAUUAGAAGGCAGCGAAAAAGAUUUAAAAAUAUUGUUGUACUAUGAUGCGCCCGAUCAAUGGCUAAGCGUUUAUCCUUCAAAUAAGACAUGCAUUGAGAAAGAAUCUAUACUUUGGGACGGAAUUGGACAAAUAAUACCGUUAUCUGUAUUAACAUCUGAACAAUCAGGGUGUGUCAAAGAAAAAGACGCAAUAGUACGAUGUUCUAGUUAUCGAAGAUUUCGAUCGUCUCGUCCAAGAUGGUGGUUUAUUGCACUUGCAGACUGUUCUUCAAAAAUUGGAUUAAAUGUUUCGUAUUGGAUGUCACUAACAAAUGCGCCACAUGGACAUUUUUGGAAAGAACACUUUUCAGCAGACGAAUUCUAUAUUUUGCCAGAACUAAUAACAAUUGCUUUCAUUUACGUAAUACUUGUAGUAUUAAGUUUUUAUAUAGCUAUGCAAUUAAAAGCACGAAGACUACUACAUGUGUCUUAUAAAAUAUUUAUGGCCUCACUACUUUGUCAAUUAGUAGGAAUACUAUUUGAGAUUUAUAGCUACAUAAAUAUUGGUUUAAGAGGCAUACCAUCAAAAAAUGCUUCUUUGUUAGGCCAACUUUUAGAAGCUUGCUCAGAUAUCUUAUACACUGCACUCAUGUUAUUAUUAGCACUUGGUUUUACAGUGACUAAAAGUGUUUUAACUCCUAAACAAACACGAUGGCUUAUAUGUUUUAUUUGUCUAGUUUCAUUUUGUCAAUUUUCACUGUAUAUUUAUCAAUCAAAUGUUUUUGACCCUGGAUUAGUAUUAUAUAUUUAUGAAUCACCACCAGGCUACGGAUUAAUAAUAUUAAAAUUGAUUGCAUGGAUUAUAUUUUCUCUUCGCUGUUUUAAGACUGUUAGAAAAAUGUCAACAAAACUUCAUUUCUAUAGUUUAUUAUUUUCAUUGGGAUCAACAUGGUUUUUAUGUCAUCCAUUAACGGUACUCUGUAUCACUUUAUUAGUAGAUGAAUGGGUACGAGAAAGUUUUGCUAAGGGAUGUUCAUUAUGGAUUGUUCUCAUGGGACACAUAGUAUUUUUAUAUAUCACUAGACCAUCUAUGGCUAAUAAACGUUUUCCAUUUCAUAUCAGAACAUGUCAAAUUAUGCCAGUUGGUGGUGAAGGGCAAGACCACAGUUAUGAACCUUAUGUUAGAACAGCAAGUUCUGCAUUCACUGUUUCACAUCUACAACCAUCUACUUUGCAAUCUUAAUAGUAAGCAUAUUUUAAAAUAGUUGCAAAUCUAUGUAAUUAUGAUUACAUGAUGAUGUUACUUUUAUUUUUUUUUAAUGUUAAUAAUUAACAAAGGACACUAUAUUUUGGUCAUUAGUUGACAAAGAUAAAUUUUA